AUGGUGCUACCCGACAAGCACGGUAUCCCUCUCGAAGACCCAACGUUGUGGAUGGCCCAGAGAAGAUCCCUUUCUGUUUUACCUUAUAUAUCUGAUGAUAUGAGCAGAGCAGUACGGGGCUGUCUACGAAAAGCGGGUCUAAGGAAUGACGUGAGGGUUGUGGAAAUACCUCCAGCAAACCUCAAGGGUCAGCUGGUACGUAACCGUGUAUAUGAUCGACUCUGCACAACUCCCAGCUGCGUGGUUUGCCCGUAUGGCAGAGAGGGUGAUUGCAUGAUAUCGGGAGUGGUGUAUCGUAUCACGUGCAGGUUGUGCGGUGACGAUUAUAUAGGGGAAACGGGACGCCCACUGUGUAUUAGGGUCAAGGAGCAUCUAGAUGGACUCGCAAAAUCAAAAACCUUCACCCCACUUGGAGCACACCGUAGAAUAUGUCAUCCAAACUCCGAAGUAGAGGUAGAAGUUCGUAUAUUAUCCUACGAGUCCGAAAUCACAGCACGCAGAACGCUAGAGGCCUUUUGGAUAACCGCCAAAAGUCCAAAAAUGAACAAGAAGGAUGAGUGCAUUGCGAUCACAAACGAGUUAUCCCCGUAUCAAGACCUAUGCGGGUUUUGA